GGACGGCCCCGGGGCGAGCAUCAGAAAGAUCUCUGUUUGGAUGCAUUUUCUAGUACAGACUAUGAAAAGAAUGCAGUGAAAAUUCUGGCCAAUGGUGGAAACAUUGGCUUAAUCUCCAACUUAAUAUAGCAUUCCUUCUCUUCUGUAGCACCUCAUAAGAAAAGAAAAAUGUAUGGAAGUGCAAGAACAAUCACGAAUCUGGAAGGCAGCCCUUCCAGAUCGCCUCGUUUGCCACGGUCUCCUCGUCUGGGCCACCGAAGAACAAGUAGUGGGGGAGGUGGAGGAACAGGCAAGACUCUGUCCAUGGAGAAUAUCCAGUCCCUUAAUGCAGCCUAUGCUACAUCUGGACCCAUGUAUCUGAGUGAUCAUGAGGGGGUGGCCUCAACAACUUACCCAAAGGGCACUAUGACUCUGGGAAGGGCCACAAAUCGAGCUGUAUAUGGAGGCCGAGUCACAGCUAUGGGGAGUAGUCCCAAUAUUGCCUCUGCUGGACUUUCCCACACGGACGUCCUUUCAUACACGGAUCAACAUGGUGGUCUGACCAGCUCAUCCCAUCAUCACCACCACCAGGUCCCUUCCAUGUUGAGGCAGGUAAGAGAUAGCACCAUGUUAGACCUUCAAGCCCAGCUCAAGGAACUUCAGAGAGAGAAUGACCUCCUACGAAAAGAGCUCGACAUCAAGGAUAGCAAGUUGGGAUCUUCCAUGAACAGUAUCAAGACCUUCUGGAGUCCUGAGCUCAAGAAGGAGAGAGUCUUGAGGAAAGAAGAGGCAGCUCGGAUGUCUGUCCUCAAGGAGCAGAUGAGGGUUUCCCAUGAAGAAAAUCAGCACCUUCAGUUGACAAUCCAGGCCCUUCAAGAUGAGCUGCGAACCCAGAGAGACCUCAACCACCUCCUGCAGCAAGAGAGUGGCAACCGAGGAGCAGAGCACUUCACCAUCGAACUGACGGAGGAGAACUUCCGGCGGCUCCAAGCUGAGCAUGACAGACAGGCUAAGGAGCUGUUCCUAUUGAGGAAGACCUUGGAGGAAAUGGAGCUGAGAAUCGAAACGCAGAAACAGACCCUCAAUGCCCGAGACGAGUCUAUUAAAAAGCUUCUUGAGAUGUUGCAGAGUAAAGGUUUGCCGUCCAAAAGUCUUGAGGAUGACAAUGAACGGACACGUCGGAUGGCAGAGGCUGAGUCUCAAGUCAGCCACUUAGAAGUGAUUUUAGACCAGAAAGAGAAGGAAAACAUACAUCUUAGAGAGGAAUUACACCGAAGAAGCCAACUUCAGCCGGAGCCAGCCAAGACGAAGGCUCUCCAGACUGUCAUUGAAAUGAAGGACACAAAAAUCGCUUCAUUGGAGCGAAACAUAAGGGAUCUUGAGGAUGAGAUCCAGAUGUUAAAAGCCAAUGGUGUGUUGAACACUGAGGACCGUGAAGAAGAGAUAAAACAAAUAGAGGUUUACAAAAGUCACUCCAAGUUCAUGAAAACCAAGAUUGAUCAGCUGAAGCAGGAGCUUUCAAAGAAAGAGUCAGAACUUCUUGCCUUACAAACAAAGCUUGAAACUCUUAGCAAUCAGAAUUCAGAUUGCAAGCAACACAUUGAAGUGCUUAAAGAGUCACUUACUGCCAAAGAACAGAGAGCUGCAAUUCUUCAAACUGAGGUGGAUGCACUGAGAUUACGGCUAGAAGAGAAAGAAUCUUUUCUCAAUAAAAAAACGAAACAGCUGCAGGACCUCACAGAAGAGAAGGGGACACUGGCUGGAGAGAUUCGAGACAUGAAGGAUAUGUUAGAAGUGAAGGAGAGGAAAAUCAAUGUUCUUCAGAAAAAGAUUGAGAAUUUACAAGAACAACUUAGGGAUAAAGACAAGCAACUGACCAAUCUGAAAGACAGAGUGAAGUCCUUGCAGACUGAUUCCAGUAACACAGACACUGCGCUGGCGACUCUCGAGGAGGCUUUGUCAGAGAAGGAAAGAAUAAUUGAGCGUUUGAAAGAACAAAGGGAGAGAGAUGAUCGGGAAAGACUAGAAGAGAUAGAAUCAUUCCGAAAAGAAAACAAAGACCUGAAAGAGAAGGUCAAUGCUUUACAAGCUGAACUGACUGAAAAAGAGUCUAGCUUAAUUGACCUCAAGGAACAUGCAUCUUCAUUAGCCUCAGCAGGGCUGAAAAGGGACUCCAAAUUAAAAUCUCUAGAAAUAGCCAUUGAACAAAAGAAAGAAGAAUGUAGCAAAUUGGAAGCACAGUUAAAAAAGGCUCAUAAUAUUGAAGAUGACUCCAGGAUGAACCCAGAAUUUGCAGACCGAAUAAAACAGCUUGACAAGGAGGCGUCUUACUACCGUGAUGAGUGUGGCAAGGCCCAAGCAGAAGUUGACCGGUUGCUGGAGAUCCUCAAGGAGGUGGAGAAUGAAAAGAAUGACAAGGACAAGAAAAUUGCAGAACUUGAGAGGCAUAUGAAGGAUCAAAACAAGAAGGUGGCCAACCUGAAGCACAAUCAACAGUUGGAAAAAAAGAAGAAUGCCCAGUUACUGGAAGAAGUCCGCAGGCGAGAGGAUAGCAUGGCUGACAACUCUCAGCAUUUGCAGAUAGAAGAACUGAUGAAUGCGCUAGAGAAGACCAGGCAGGAACUGGACGCCACCAAGGCUCGCCUUGCCGCCACGCAGCAGUCCCUGGCCGAAAAAGAGGCACACUUGGCCAACCUCCGGAUAGAGAGGAGGAAACAGCUGGAGGAGAUCCUGGAGAUGAAACAGGAAGCACUUCUUGCGGCAAUCAGUGAAAAAGAUGCGAACAUUGCCUUGCUGGAACUGUCUGCCUCCAAAAAGAAAAAGACACAAGAAGAAGUCAUGGCCCUCAAGCGGGAAAAAGAUCGACUAGUGCAUCAGUUAAAGCAGCAGACCCAGAACAGGAUGAAGCUGAUGGCGGACAGCUAUGAGGAGGACCACCACCACUUCCACCACCACCACCACCACCACCACCACCGCUCUCCCGGGAGGUCGCAGCACUCCAAUCACAGGCCCUCUCCUGACCAGGAUGACGAGGAGGGCAUAUGGGCAUAGCCGGGCCUGUAAACCAAAGUUCCAGUUUUGUUUUGAGGGCUAUCAGAAGGGCUGACUAAAGGGCACGCGCAGCUCUGCAGCAAUAUUCUGAUAAUCUAUUGC